AUGACAACCACCGUCACCGUGACACGUGUCCCAUUGGUUUUCUCCGGUCAUUGUCCUAAUAAUAAAAACGGUUGCGUUACAAAAUCGCCCGUACACUUAUUAGGUAGCAAUAGCAAUUGCAGCAUUAGGCGUAGCUCAUUUUCUUCUUCAUUAACAACAACAACAGCAACGCGGUUGAGGAGAGUAGGGUUUCCUGUAUCAGCUUCAAAUUCAAUGGCUUCAAGAACUGUCCUUGUCACUGGAGCUGGUGGCAGAACUGGAAUUUUGGUUGAUGGUUUUGGGAUUUGGCGUUGUCUAGGUUCCAUCGUUUAUAAGAAGUUAAAGGAGAGGUCUGACCAAUAUGUUGCAAGGGGUUUGGUAAGAACUCAAGAGAGCAAGGAUAAAAUUGGAGGAGCAGAGGAUGUUUUUGUUGGGGAUAUAAGGGAAGCCGAGACCAUCGUUCCUGCUAUCCAAGGAAUUGAUGCUCUGAUCAUCCUGACAAGUGCAGUGCCAAAGAUGAAACCUGGGUUUGAUCCAUCCCAAGGUAGGCCUGAGUUCUAUUUUGAAGAUGGAGCAUUUCCAGAGCAGGUUGACUGGCUUGGUCAAAAAAAUCAAAUAGAUGCUGCUAAGGCUGCAGGAGUGAAGCAAAUUUUGCUGGUUGGAUCUAUGGGUGGAACAAACCCAAAUCAUCCCUUGAACAGCUUGGGUAACGGGAAUAUACUGGUUUGGAAGAGAAAGGCUGAGCAGUAUUUGGCUGACUCUGGUGUUCCCUACACGAUUAUAAGGGCUGGAGGCCUGCAAGACAAAGAAGGAGGUGUCCGAGAAUUACUUGUUGGAAAAGAUGAUGAGCUACUUCAGACAGAGACAAGAACCAUUGCCAGAGCUGAUGUCGCAGAAGUCUGCAUUCAGGCACUGCAGUAUGAGGAGUCUCAAUUUAAGGCAUUUGAUCUGGCCUCAAAGCCAGAGGGAACUGGCACCCCAACCACUGAUUUUAGGGCUCUCUUUUCUCAAGUCACUGCUCGUUUUUGA